CGGGAGGAGGCAGCGCUUGCUCCUUCCCUUCCCUCCCCGCCGGCGGUGCGAGGCCGGCGCUGUCCCGCGGCGGAGCGGCCAUGGCGACGGGCCGUGGCAGAUAUUUCUCCCUGGGGUGUAGAAGAGGGAAGAGUGAUUUAGAUGAGCAAGAAGGACUGAAAACAGGCUACACAGAUUCUGCUUGUCCAAGGUUAAGGACCUUGGCUGCCAUGCCUGGGGAAUGUUCUGAAACUGUAAAUGCUGGAAUUAAAAGUCUGUGUUUGACACCUUCCAUAAAGCCGAAACCAAAUGUGUGUAUUGAGAGCAUGCCAUCAGAAGUAUUACUGAAGAUAUUUUCCUAUUUGGAUGCUGUGUCCCUACUGGCUGUUGGUUGUGUGAAUAAGCGCUUCUAUGAGCUGGCCAAUGACAAUGGAAUUUGGCUGAAUCUCUAUUCCAGUUCUUUGCAUCCAAAAUGGACAAUUUGGAAAAUGAAGUCUAAGCAAACAGAAACUGUUUCUUUGGGCUGUGCUGCCGAACACGAUAAAAAGCCUGGGUACUGGAAGAAAGAAUACAUCUUCAAACAAACAUCUGCCUUCAAAGCUAGAGUAAUGCGGCUUGUUAAAUUUCUAGAUCCUUAUACAGGUCUUCCAUCUAAAAACAAAGAAGCUAUGAAAGUCUCUGGCUUGUGUUGGAUAAUUGUUCUAAAGGACAAAAAUGGAAAAGAGCAUGUAGUAGAGAAGCCAAACCUAUCAUUUAAGGACACAUCUGUGACCAUACUUUGGUAUGGUACAGACUGGCCGUGCUUAGACAUCCUGUCAACCCUAAAACUGUUUGGAGUUACACCUUUGCUUCCUGACCAAAGCAGACCUCCCAACAAGAAUGGGCCUCGUCGAUUUUCCUUGAUUGCUGAAUAUCAUCUUGCUUACCUGACUGAAAGUAGCGUAGCAGUUGGUGCUGAUGAGUUUGUCCAGCUCUUCAGUCUGAGUCCAGGACUAUUAGUAGGAAUUUGGAAGGAGAAAAAUGAAAUUGCUUUUGUUAUGGCGAAUCUUCAUUAUAAUCAACUUCUUGAGAGAAGCAUUUUGGGUUCUGCUACUGUUCAAUAUGUUCCUCCACCUAAUAAACCUUUACUGGAUGAUAUUGACUCAGAAUAUGGACUGCAUGACUACACCCUGCAUCUUGAUCUGCAUGGCAGGAACUGCAUGUACCUGUGUGGAUCAUUCAAGUACCUCUUCUGCAGAAAACGUGACAUUGAAAAUGGAUACCUGAAGCUCACAGUUGUAAACUUACAGGAUAAUAGAAAACACUUGCCUAUUAUUGGGACACUUGGCAUAUGCUGGGAAACAGAUGUGUUUAAAGGCAAUGUAAAGGACUGCUUUGUGAUGGAUCUGACUCUCUUGGAUGAAACUGGAAAGCCCUUCUGGUGUUUUAGUGCUCCAGUCCGCAUGGAAUUGUCUACCAAGUCAUCUGGCCUUUAUGACUACAUGGGCCAUAUCUAUACUGCAGACUAUUCAGAUGCAGAGGGUAAAGUCUGUCUUGAGUUUGUUUGGUUGGAAGAAACCAAGGAGUAUAUUGUAGUCAGUUUGGUGCUUUAUGUAAGCACUAAGAAGGUAAAUAUCUGGUAUGGAACAAACUACUGACUUAAUUAGGUCACUAAUUUCCUUGCUUUAAAAACCAAGCAAACAACCCGCCCACAACAAACACAAUAAACCUCUUAUGCUUAAGAUUGACACCAACAAGCAAGACUAUUCUGCAAGUUUUCCAGUAACAAGUGCAAUUGCCUAAUUUUUUUAAUAGGCGCUUGAGGAAUUGAAGAGACGUUGAUAAAAGUAAGAUGUUUUCUUCUCUGUUGAAUAUUACAGAGUCACACUGUUUCUCACUGGCUAUAUUGAAUUUAUUUUAGGAAUAUUUUUCUUUAUAGAGACUUGUUACUAUGGUUAAGGAAUUGCUUCUUUUGAGAGCCAUACUGUGAAGAUGCCUUACCUUACAUAAGCUACACUGGUUUUGAGAAAAUUAACUUUUAUGUUUAGUAAUAAAACAGCAUGUGUGCUGUUCCCUCCAGGUUUGUUGGGAGUGCUAUUGGUAAAGGACAGGUUUAGUUAAAUGCUUUUCCCAGAAAAACUUCACUUAAAUAUAUUUUAGUAAAAGAUUGAAAGGUAGAUGGGAAGUCCAGGUCUGAAAAAUGUCAGUCAAGGCAUUUAUUACAAAAGUAAUGUGUAAAAUCCGUUUGACAUUCUUUAAAUUCCUGUUUGUUCUGUUUUCCCAUGUUCUAACCUUGUCUGAUUUGAGCCUAGAUACUUGCCUCACAUAUUGACCUAGGUAUAAGUGUCACAGUUACCACCCAGCCUGAGCUGAUGUCUAUUCUUACUGAAUGCUUGUAACAUUCAGUUGUUUCAAAAACAAUGCAUAUCUGAUAGUGUUUAUCUAACAAUAUGAAUCCGUAUAACAAUUUAAUAUAUGUGCCUGAUCUUUCCAGCUCCUGGUGUAACUUUAGAAGUUUCUGCUUCCUGUAUAAAAAAAAUUAAAAUAAUUACAUGAUAUUGUGAGUCCAGUGUCAUUACCUAGCAAGGACAAUUAUGUGGUUGACUGCUCUGACUUUAUUUUGGUGUUUUCCUUAAAAUAAAAUCUCUAUUUACAUACAUUACUUGAUUUGUGCCAACAAUAUUCGUAUGUAAGCACUUGUCUUCUAUGCUACAGAGGUAAAUAGAUAUUACAUCCAGAGAGUUGUUUCUUAAUUUAACUUUCAAAGACAAUAAGGUGAGGCAGAUACAGUUCUAGUUCACCUUGUUAACCUUACCUAAAGAAGCAGCAGAGAUGUUUCUGCAUUUGGUCGUUUGCUAACCUAACAAGAACGAUCAGCUGCAUUUUGUCGUCUUUCUUACUGACUGCUGGUGGGCACAGGGAUCCAUUGAAGUGAUAUAAACAUGUUAACAUGUGGGCUGGGUGUGAUGAAUGCCAGAACAGACACUGAAAGUGAUCUGCACAGACAAGUGGCCAGUGUAGAUUUUUGGUUUUGCCCAAAUUUAGUCUUUGGGAUACUAGCUUUAGCAAGGAAAUGGUAGCUCAGUCCCAAUGUCUUUGGCCUUACUGCUAAGCUUGUAAACAAACAUGUAGAAAUGUUCUGGCUACGUUGUUCCUUUGAAAUGUGCGAGAAUCUUCUCUUCCCUGCUAUGAAGCUACCAAAGGCAAUGGGCACCCAGCAGCCAUCAAAUGAUGAAAGGUCUGUCACUGUCCAUUCUAGCUGAUUUUUUAUUGUAUUUCCAACAUUUCUGAAUUUAGGGUUUUUAAAAUAAAAGUAAAGUAUUUCCUUUCAUAAGUGACUUCAAUUUGUAAAGUAUUUGAUUAUUUUAUACAAUUGAAUGUUUUGUAGAAAAUUUUGGCAUCACUGUUGGAGGUGAAACACGAGUAUGCUGUCCCUACCCCUGACAGGCUAAUCUAGUAGCCUGAAAGUUUCCUAACUGAAUUGAUUAGGA